CACCAUGACAACCCGACACAUUGCCAAGAGCUUCGUCUCCGUUGCCCAGCGCGAAGGCGUCGGCGCCACCGUCCGCCGAUCGAUCGGACAUCCCAUGCUGCGGCGACUGGAUCCAUUUCUGAUGCUGGACGAGUUCCAUGUCGCCCUCCCCGGCGGGUUUCCCGACCAUCCCCACCGCGGCUUUGAAACGAUCACGUACUUGCUUCCGCAUUCCCCUGGAAAGAUUCUGCACGAAGACUUUUGCGGCCACAAAGGCGAGCUGGCACCUGGUGACCUUCAGUGGAUGUGCCCUGGACGAGGCAUCGUGCAUGCCGAGAUGCCCGCGACUCGCGACGCUCCCGCCAUCGGGCUCCAACUAUGGCUAAACUUGCCUGCUCGGUUAAAGAUGACGGACCCCAAGUACCAAGAAAUCCCUGCGACAGGAUUGCCACGAGCCAAGAAAGGCAACGUGGAAGCCAUCGUGAUUGCAGGCGAAGCCAUGGGGGAAAAGGCGAACGUGUUCACGAACGUCCCCAUCACGUACGUGCACUUCACGUUGACUGGCCCUGCGAUCCAUUUCCACCCGAUCCCAGCCCACCACAACUCGUUCGUGUACGUGAUUUCUGGCUCGGGACGCAUCGGCGGCGAGCCCGUGGAAGCCCACUCGGUGGUGCUCCUCACGGCCGUCCAAGGGCAGACUGGGAUCUCCCUCGAAGCGACGGGGGGCGAGCUGCAGUGCGUGGUGCUGUCGGGGGAGCCGAUCGGGGAACCCAUCGAGCAGUACGGACCGUUCGUCAUGACCACGCGAGCCGAACUUCAGCAAACGGUGCAGGACUACCAAUUGGGGCAGAACGGGUUUGAACGAGCCGACGCGUGGCACUCCAAGAUUGCGCAGUUGGCGCAUACCACGUAACAGUAAUCACAGUAAGACUGGUACUACUACUGUAGUAAGCUGUGUAUGCAGUUCUAGUAAUCGUUUACUGUAGCACGACGUUGAAAUAUAGUUGUGAAUACACACACAUCAAUCUCCGC